AUGAAUUGGCCCACCUAUUUCGCUCGAGCAACGAGUUCGCCUUGUGGCAAGGAGUACCGUCGGUCAACAGAGUCGGAGUUUUCGCGCCUGGAACAGGAGCGGGCGAGCGCUCAGAUGGAACUUUCGGAGGUAGAGGAGCACUACCGCACCCUGCUGAGGAAGAGGCAUGAUGCCGCGGCUGAGAUGGCUGCGCCUAUCGAUCUGCCCUCGGCGAAGGAGGAUUUGGAACUCUACGCUCUGCAGAUGCGUGAAGAGUUGCUCUCCACUAGCGUGGCCUGCGAGCACCUGCGCAAUCGUCUAGACACGGAGACAGCUACCAAUCGGGAACGUUUGAACGAGGAACGAUGGAAGCGCAUCCAAGUGGAGGAACUGCUGCGCUCACGUAUGCGAGACGCCAAUGAACAUAUCGCUGGGUUGACACGUAAUUUCGAGGCCUCCAAGCAGACCGCUGAAAAGGCAACGGAACGCGCCUCUGCCGAGGUCAAACGACUACAGGUGCGCUCUUCCGGUGCUACCUACCUACUGACCCAGUUUCAGUAG